UUUCCAUACUCAUUGCAACCCCUAAAUCCCCUCUCUCUCUCUCUCUCUCUCUCUCUGUAAAAAGUCAGCGCCUUCUUUUGGCUUCUCUCUCCAACAUUUGUUGCAGAAGGAAGGUACUGAUUCACAGAGCUUUUUAGCUUCACGCUACCUUUUGCCAUGGACGACGACUGGGAUCUUCACGCUGUGGUCAGAGGUUGCACCACUGCCUCCUCUUCUUCCUCCACCACUGCUGCUACCACCACCACCACCUACUCCGUCGGUUCCCUUACCAGAGAAGAUUUUUGCUUUUCUUCCACUUGUUCUUUUGAGAGUGAACAACCUGGUCCUCUUUUUUCUCUUCCCGAUCCCUUUGAGACAAGAAAUGCUAUUGGGGAGUUGGAUGAGCUUUACAAGCCCUUUUUCCCCAAAUCUAAUCAAUAUCUUUAUUCUCCACAACCACAACCUGCCCCCAUUUCUUCUCUUGCCGUCUCUAAGGAACAAACGCAGAUAAAGCAGCCCAAGCAAUCUCAUGCAGCCUCCGUCUCCACUGCAAAUUCUCAUACUCCUCGAUCUAAAAGAAGGAAGAACCAGCUAAAGAAGAUAUGCCAAGUACCAGCAGAGUCUCUUUCUUCAGAUGUGUGGGCAUGGCGAAAAUACGGGCAAAAACCCAUCAAAGGCUCUCCAUACCCGAGGAGUUAUUACAGAUGUAGCACCUCAAAGGGGUGUUUGGCCCGGAAACAAGUUGAACGAAACAGAUCCGACCCGGGAAUGUUCAUAGUAAGCUACACAGGCGAGCACAACCACCCUGCACCCACCCACCGAAACUCGCUCGCUGGUAGUACCCGCCAGAAGUCCACCACACCACAAACCGUUGCCGCCAGUGACUCUAACAAACCCUCGCCGCUAGCCAAACCCACUUGCUCAUCACCUGCAACUUCCUUGGAUGACGAGCUUCUACCCCAAAGUACAAACACAGAAAGCAGAGAAGAGAAAGACGCAAUGGAAGAUGAAGAAGAAGAUGAUUUUGGUGGGUUCUCUGAUAUGGCUGUCAGUGACGAUUUCUUCUCUGGUUUGGAAGAACUCGCCGAUCCGGUCGCCGGAGACAGCUUCACCGAUCACUUUCCAGUGAACUUUGGCCUCCCCUGGCUAGCAAACAGUGCUGCUACGGCCGCAGGCGGUUUCUGAGAGUGGCCGGAAAAACCAUUGCCUUAAGCCUUUUUUUAUUUUCAAUUAGUUUUUCCAUUUUCUUGUCAUGUAUACACUUGUAUGAUUUUAGGAGUAGAAUCUUUCAAGGCACCAUUGCUGUUUACCUGUGCCUGUGAGUGUUGUAGAGUAAAAAGAAAUUCCAUUUCUUGACGUGUACUGAUUAUUAAAAUUAGCUUACGGAUUCA